AUGUCUUUUCUGCUACGAGCAGACGUCCUAGCGACAGUAGCAGGCUGCUACCUCCUGACAGUAGCUUACCUCCGCAACUACCGCAAGCACCAAAAACACCAACAAUACAACCCCAAAUCACUUUCCAACCUCACCCUCUCCGAAGCCCAAGAGAUCCAACUCUACGUCUUUGACCGCGAGUUUCCCUUUCUCGCUCAGAAAGCUUUGGAAUUUGCUCUGUUUCGCACCUAUGGAAUCCCUUCUAUUAGCUCUUUACUCAUGCACACGAAACAAUUGUCUACCAAACAACAUGCUUCCAAGCGGAUGACGGAUACUUCUAUUCUUAUGCUGGAGAUUAUCGUCAACCCCCCAGCGAGCAAAAGAUCGACAGAAGCACUUGCAAGGACGAAUUUCUUGCAUAGUCUGUAUGGCGCCAAAAUCUCCAACGACGAUUUGCUGUAUACAUUGAGUCUAUUCCUACUGGAACCUAUUCGCUGGAUCCAAAGACACGGAUGGCGAAACCUGACAGACAUGGAAACUGCAGCUAUGGGUUUGUUCUGGCUGAAAGUGGGCCAAGGGAUGAAGAUCGAUUUUUCGGUUUUGCCUGGCGCGAAAGAGGGGUGGAAGGAUGGAUGUGAGUUUAUGCGUGAGUUGGAGGUUUGGAGUGAUAGAUAUGAGGAAAAGUAUAUGGUACCUUCGCAGAGUAACAAGGAGACUGCGGAUCAUACGACUGAGUUGUUGUUGUAUCCUGUUCCUGCUGCGUUCAAGGAUGCUGGGCGCAGAGUUGUUAGUGCCUUAAUGGAUAAGCGCUUGAGGAGAGCUAUGCUAUAUCCGGAUCCGCCAGGGAUCUUGCAAUGGUUAGUCGACAGCGGACUGGCUGCUCGCAAGCUAGUUCUACGGCACUUGACUCUACCAAGGCCAUAUGUCUGGCGCAAACAGAUCGUUGCCGACCACCUCAACGCAAACGAUAAAGUCUACAAACUCAUCUGGGAUACAGAGCCAUGGUAUGUCGAGUCUUCAUUCGCAAACCGCUGGUGUCUCCAAUCGUGGAUAGAUUGGAUGGCAGGAAGACCAAUCCCCGGCGACGAAGGAGACAAAUACUUCCCUCAAGGCUUCAAGUCUUCAGUAAUGGGUCCUGCAUUCUUGGCUGGAAAGGUGCUUGCACAAGCUGAAAAGGAUGAAGAAGAGAUUCGAGAGAUUAUGAGACCUGAUGCGACGAUAGCUGGCUAA